AAACGUUACAUCAGUCGUGUUACUAAUGUCGUUGUCGUGUGUUCACGUUCUUUAGUGGCGCGGGUAUACAAGCACAUCACACGUAGCGUAUCGUAGCGCACACGUAACGCAGCAAUGGGAUUUUCUAUAUUAAAGCAAAAAUAUAAUAUAUAAAAAUGAAAUAUAUAUAAAAUAAUAACAACAGAAAAGGAAGCAACAACAAUAAAUCACAUGAAUGAAAAAAAAGAUAAGGAAUGUUAAGAUAAGAAAGAAAGAAAAACGUCAAACGCAUAAAGUCCCAAAAGUUUUGGGGGAAAAAAGUGAUUUAAAGUGAAGAAGGAAGUCCAUCAACGUUUUGCCAGCCAGCCAAGAAGUGAAGUCUUCGCAAUAGGCAAAGCCUACUUGAAAGUAGUGAAAGAAAAAAGAAAAUCGCUUAAAUACAAAAAAAACCCACACACACACAAGAGUAAAAUCCAAACAAUAGCAAAGCAACAAAUAGCCUUUGCUACAAACGUGAAAUAAAGAUUGAAAAAAAUUUAUGUAUUAAAGUAAGGCAUGGUGUUUAAGAAUUCCUCUUUCAUUUACUAAAGUUUAGUCGAAGUCGAAAAAUCAAAACAAAGUCAUUAACAAGAAAUCCUAGUUAAGUCCUUUACAACAAAACAAAAAAAAGAGAAACGAAACGAAAAAAUUCAAAAGCGACCAUUGUCAAAACUAAGCCAUUUAUAAUUAAUGAUAAAUCUUUGUUCGUUCGAUUCAAAUAUAUAAAAGAUCAAUGUCCUUUGCAGCAAUUUGCCAGGGUGUAAUAUGAAUGAAAUCUAUUCAAAUAAGUACAAACACCCAAAUAUUCGUACAUAACGCCAUACUGAUACCAAGUGAAAUAACACAACUUGUUUUACAAUUCAAAAUAACAUCAGAGCUAUACCAAGUAGCAUACAUGUGUGAAAAGUGCGUAAAUGUGUUUUCAUCUGCUUGAGUGUGUAUGUGAAUGUGUUUAACUCGACGUUAUAAUUAAGUAAUUAAUUAUACAUUAAUGUAUAAUUAUCUUUAAGCCAUAUGCAUUAUUAAGGAUAUUAAUUAAGGAUACUUUUCGCUUUUUCGCACGCAUCCCACAAAUCAACUUCAACAACGCAAAUUGUAAUGAUAUGAACAUUUCAUGGAAAAGGAUAUAAAAUGAGCAAAUAAAACUGCAUAUAAUUAAAAAAAAGGGACAGCUUAUAAGAUUGCGAACGUUAAUAGAUUUGCAGCGCAAAGACAAUGCUGUAUGGCAAGCAGCAUAACCAGGAGAAUAAUUUUUAUGGAAAGCGUACAAUAAACAAAUGAACCAUAACAAUAAAUUUUCAAGUCCUUCGAGAAACAUUGGCAGCUACAGAAAAUGUAAACACCAUAAAUAACGUGAAUGUAUGGAGUGCUUGCUAGCCAGCCUGGCUGUUCUACCGGAAAAAUUUUGCUUUCUGGGCAAUAAGUGAAGAAGAAAACACACAAAGCGAAUUGUUCGAAACCAAAGGGACAAAAGUUUCGAAACCAGCACAACAAUGACAAAGUGAAAUUAAAAUCUGACUAAGAGCAGAGAAAAAAGGAGGCAACAUUUUUGUCUUGCAAUAUUCAAGGAUUUUAUGGUUUGGCUUGGCUUAUUCAAGAAAGGCUUAUAGUGGUAAUCAUAGAACUCAUAAAUUUAUGCCGAAAUAAAACAAACAAAUGAAGUGUUAAGGCCAACAAAAAUAAAAGAUAACCAAAGAAGACAAAAGGAGGACACUUAAAUUUUUAACAAAUAUUUUCAUAAUGCCAUAAACCUUAAUCUGCGAAAAACAAACAUUUAUAUCGCAAUGUCAAGCGGCAUGAUUAAAGCAGCAAAUUGUCUUCAAUCCUUUUUCGCGCGCGCGCGCCAAUGAUGAUGAUUUAAACGGCCUCUUUGCAAUAAGGCCAUAAAAGGUUAUCGAUAUUUAAGACAAUACAAAGCGAGAAUAAUAAAAUUAAUGUGCCGUUAUUGCUGGCUUUGCCAUUUCGCGUAUAUAAGACAAAAAUUUGUUUUCCAAUAACCUCAAAUCCACAUUAAACUCCAUAAAUUCUGUCCGUCCGUUUAUCUGGCUGAAGAAUAAUAAUAAAAAAAAACCGAGUCAAAAACACUAAAAAGCCCAACUCGGAUAUCAUUACCAACGAUCCAAUUAUUAAUAGCUGUCCUUCUAAGCGAAACCGAACAAAAUUACAGAUAGCUCGUAAAACGAACAAAAUACCAUUAAACUAAAAAAUUCCCACACAUAAAAAUUCUUAGAGUGAGCUAGACAAAAAAAAAAAAAAAACAAAAAAAAAAACUCAAGGAAACGGAAACCGAAAAAUGUAACGACUUCAAAAAGAAGAUCGCCCUCACACACACACGCACACCCACUAUCUGGUACAGAAAAGUCAUAAAAAAUUAUUACAUAUUUUUGCGAUUUUGUAAAAGUGCUACCACAACAACAAACAGAGAAACAGCAAUCGAGGAAGAACUAAAACUAAAAGCAAAACUAAGACUACAAACAACAUUUCUUUUUUUUAUGGCCAACAAUAAUUUUUUUUACAAAGCGUCUAAGCGGCGUCAGGUUAAUAGGAGCAGAAAACCAAGUCAACAAAACAAAGACACUCUCAACAGCAAUUCGUUAAAAGCAUAUCCCAUAAAAACCGACAAAGCCAACUGAAAACUCAAAUAAAAAAGAAACAAACGAAAAAAAAUAGAUAAAAUAAUAUUUUGUCAAAGCAACGAAGAACCCAACAAAAAAAAAAAACAAUCAUCUAUCCAGACAUGUUGUGUCCUAAUUUGUUCGACAUAAAGUGUUCGUAACUUUGAUGGCAAGUGUUAUCCAGCCACAAGUUCUUGUUGUCAGCGUAUAAUCCACCGUUUCCUGCACAAAUGCUGUUGAAACAUCGAUAGUUAAGAAACCACAUCAAAUUGUCAUACAAAAAUUGCAGCAUACAUUUGAAUACCAUCAAAAUGCAUUUGCAACAAAUGCAUUUGUGUCAUUAUAUAGUGGCCGCUGUAUUUUAUUUAAAUAUGGCUAACAGUCAUGCCGAUGUCAUCAGAAAAUUCGAUAUAGCCUCAUCGCCAGAAGAGUAUACAAAUGGGGGUGGAGGUGGCGGCAGCGGCCAUAGUGGUAGCAGCACCAGUACCAGCAGCAGUAGUAGCAUUAGCAGCAGCAGCAGUAGCCUAAAUGGAGGCUACGUCGGUGGCGGCGGCAGUGGUGGUAGCUUAAGCAUUAAUAGUCAUAGUAAAUUAGCAUCUUCUUCUUCUUCAUUAUCAUCAUCGUCAUCAUCAUUGUCGUCCUUGUCGCUGUCGUCAGCACCAUCAUCAUCGUCGUCGUUGUCGUCGUCAUUAACAUCGCCCUCAGUCUCGGCACCAUUCACACCAUCCGCAUCGUCGGCGGCGCUGGCAUCUCUGGUUCAGGCGGAGGCGCCGUCAUUAGAAACAUUUGUGUCAGCAGCAUCUACAUCAGCAUUUGUGGAACCAUAUUUGGAUGGCUAUGCCACGACAAAUGUUACGGCACAAAUUGGUACACACGCAUAUCUGCCAUGUCGGGUGAAACAACUCGGAAAUAAAUCAGUUUCCUGGAUACGUGUCCGAGAUGGCCACAUCCUUACUGUUGACAGAGCUGUCUUCAUUGCUGACCAACGAUUUUUGGCUUUAAAACAACCGGACAAAUUUUGGACUUUGCAAAUAAAAUAUGUGCAGGCUCGUGAUGCUGGCGCUUACGAAUGUCAAGUGUCUACAGAACCAAAAGUUAGCGCUCGGGUGCAUUUGCAAGUAGUUGUUCCUCGUACCGAAAUCUUGGGUGAUCCCGACCGUUAUGUCAAGGCUGGCAGUACGGUGAUUUUAAGAUGCAUUGUCCGUGGUGCUUUGGAGCCACCCACUUUCAUUAUGUGGUAUCAUGGUUCGGAGCAAUUAUCGGCAGAAUCGAGACGACACAAAACCCAAGUGGAUCGCAAUUUACCCGAGGCUGAAGGAGAUGCUCACAGUACGAUCGGUUCAUUAAUCAUUGACUCGGUGAAAAAACGUGAUACCGGCAAUUACACAUGUAGUCCGUCAAAUAGCCCCAGUGUGACUGUGACGUUAAAUGUUAUAAAUGGUGAAUCCUCGGCAUCAGCAGUCACUUCAUCAGCACCCGUUACCACAAAAACCUACUCAGCAUGUAGUCUGGUAUUAAUAUUCAGUGUAAUUAUGAUUGGUGGUCAUAGGACAUGACAUGCUCAGAUAGGAGACAGCACCGCUAACUACAUAAACUAAAUGUGAAACAUCAAAAAAGAAAUCCGAAAAAAUAAACAACAA